AGUUUUAUUUUGGUCGCUGAUUCGAAUAGUUGGUCGUUUGGUAGUGCCUUAUAUUACUUCAGUUUAAAGUGUAAAAUAAUUCUUUUUUUAUUAAAUAAAAAAUAAAUUAACGCUUAAUAAUGGAAUCCGAACAAUAUUUAACUUUCAACAAUGGUCAGAAAAUGCCGGUUUUAGGUCUUGGCACUUGGCAGGCUACAGAGGAGGAAAUAGAACGUGCCAUAGAUUUAGCAUUAGAUGAAGGAUAUCGUCACAUUGAUACCGCACCAGUUUAUUUAAAUGAAAAAGCCAUAGGUCGCGUACUCAAGAAGUGGUUAGAUUCAGGGAAAGUACGCCGUGAAGAAUUAUUCAUUGUUACAAAAUUGCCACCAAUUGCUAACAGACCUGAAGAAGUUGAGGAAACGAUUAAGCAAUCGUUAGCUGAUUUACAGUUGGAUUAUGUAGACUUAUAUUUGAUCCAUACACCAUUUACUUUGUAUUUUGGCGAUGGAGACAUCAAACGUGAUGAAAAUGGUGAUGUGGUUAUUGAUUCAAGUACAAAUCAUGUUGCCGUUUGGAAGAAAAUGGAAGAAAUGAUUGAUAAUGGUUACACAAAAUCCAUUGGACUUUCAAAUUUUAAUAAACAACAAAUUCAAAAAUUGUUACCAAGCUGUAGAAUACGUCCCGUUAAUUUACAAAUUGAACAUCAUAUAUACUUACAACAACGUGAUUUGAUUAAUUACUGUAAGGAGGAAAAUAUAGUUGUCACUGCAUAUGCACCACUUGGUUCCAAAGGCAUCGCAGCAUUGAAUAAAAAAGCUGGUGUAGAACGAGAAAUUCCAGAUUUGAUGAAUGUUCCUGAAGUUCUCGCUAUAGCCAAGGCACAUAGUAGAACUACAGCACAAAUUUUGUUACGUUGGGUACUCGAUAACGGCUUAGCAGCUAUUCCAAAAAGUACAAAUCCUGUACGUUUACGACAAAAUUUAAAUAUUUUUGAUUUUAAAUUAACUGCUGAGGAAAUACAAACAUUAUCUAAGUUGGAUGAAAAUAUAAGAGUUUGUGAUUUCUCUUUCUUUAAGGGUAUUACAAAUCAUCCAGAAUUUCCAUUUUAAUUUUGAUUAUAUUUAAUAAAAAAAAUUUGUUU